AUGGCGCCGAGGAAGAACAAUGAGCCAGCAAGCUGGGAGCUGGACGCAGAUAAGCCCAAGCCCAAGGGCGAAACGCGUGUGCGGCGAAGCUAUUGCACAAAGGAGCUCACAAUGCGACCAGCACACGGCGUCGACACUGUGCACGAUAUCAUGCUCUACGCCUCGCGCCACCACGGCGACAAGGGCGGUUUCGGUACGCGCGAUGUGCUUGAAGUCUACCACGAGCCCCUUUCGCCCGCCACGAGUCUGCGUAGCGGCCAGUCGGCAGGCAGCAGCGCAACCUCCGUCGCCCGCCAAGGCGAGCGUCUACGCCUGGGCCCCGUGAAAUUCAUGAGCUAUACCGAAGCCCUUCAAGAGGUGCGCGACCUUGGAAGCGGCCUGCGUGAGCUUGGGGUCGGGCUGCGUGGCAACCGUGGCUUCUUUGCAAUCUACAGUGGAACAUCACGCAACUGGAUGAUGAUGGCUCAGGCGUGUGCUUUCAAUGGGGCGCCAAUCUGCACUGUGUACAACACAGCCACGCAGACCGUUUUGGGCGAAUGUUUAGUCGAGGCCGAAGCCGAAGGCGUGUUCACCAACGCCGACCUGCUGCCCAACCUCGAACGUCUCAUUGCCAAGACAAACAUCAAGCUCAUCGUGUACGACGGCAAGGCGGACCCGGCGACCCUCGAGAAUCUGCGCGGGUACGAAAACAUCGAGAUCAUGACGAUCGACGAGUUGCGCGACAUUGGUCUCGAGAACCCACAUGUUCAGGCCCACAGGGCCAAGCGCGAAGAGGUGUUCUGUUGCAUGUACACGAGUGGCGGCGGCGGAAAGCCCAAAGGUGUGCUGCUCACCCACGGAGCGGUGUGUUCUGCCGUCGGCUCGUCUCACGGCAUCAUGGGCGACAUUCUCGAGGGUGAGGAUGUGUACCUCGCUUUCCUCCCUCAAGCACACAUUCUCGAGUUUGCUGUGGAAAUGACUUUUAUCUUUGCCGGCCUGCCCAUCGCCUACGGCCGUAUCAAGACUUUAACAGAUGCUGGAGUCAAGUACUGCAAGAAUGAUAUCCAGGAGAUACGGCCGUCCAUGAUGAUCGCCGUGCCACAGGUGUGGGAGCUGCUGCGCAAAGGCAUUCUCAGCAAGGUUGAAGAGUCUGGAGCCCUCAAGAAGGCGGUGUUCAACAUGGCCGUCAAGGCCAAGAGCCAGGCAAUCCAAAAGUCCAUCCCCGGUGUGAUUGGCGUCACCAACGCGCUCGUGUUCAAACAGGUGCAACAGUCCACCGGCGGACGGCUGAGGACGCUCUUCAAUGGGGGCUCUGCCAUUGCCCGCUCCACCCAGGCCUUUCUGAGUGCCGCCCUUGUGCAGAUGAUCCAAGGCUAUGGCUUGACAGAGGGGACGGCCAUGGCGUGCCUCUGCCAUCCACAUUGGCCCACCUUUGGGGCUGUGGGAGGUCCCAUGCCCGGUGUCGAGAUCAAGCUUGUCGACCGCCCCGAGGAAGGCCUUGGAUACUUCUCACACGACAACCCGCCCCGUGGCGAAAUCUACAUCCGUGGGCCGGCCAUGUUCAAGGGAUACUACAAGCGUCCGGGACUCGAUGCGAUCGCGUUCACCCCCGAUGGGUGGUUCAAGACGGGCGAUAUCGGCCAGUGGAACAAGGAUGGCACGCUCAACGUCAUUGACCGUGUAAAGAACCAUGUCCGUCUUGCACAGGGCCGGUAUGUGCUUCUGGAGCGCCUCGAGGCAAUCUACAAGGGCUGCACGUUUGUGUACAACGGCUGUAUCAUUCCCGAUGUCGGCCACCACAACCCUGCCAUGGUGGUUGUCGCCCACCCCACGAAUCUGGCCAGCUUUGCCAAGAAGAAUGGAUUCAACAACUACCCCAACCUGGAAAGUCUCUGCAGCAACCCGCGCUUCGUCGAUGCGUGUCGCAAUGAACUAAACGCCGUGGCCAAGCGCGAGGGUCUCAAGGGCGCGGAGCUGCUCGAGGCCGUCAUCCUCACCACGGACGAGUGGACACCAGAGUCUGGCUUCCUCACUGCCGCUCAGAAACUCCGCCGCUACCAGAUCGAGUACCACUACUUUGAGGAAAUCAACAAGGUGUACAAGAUCACCGAGCCCAAGUCCGACGUGGCACCGAUCCCCACUAGUCCUCUUCCGACGGUGGAGCAGAACAUCACUCGUCCGCACCGUACCCGCAUGACUAUUGCCAAGACCCACGGACACGGCAAUGGCUAUGGCCACCGCGACGGACCAGGCAGCGCGCCGGUGACAGCAACCGGGGCCUCAUUCCCUGGCUCAAAAGGUAUCGGCAUCGGCAUUGACGGCGCCCACCCCGUCUCCCGCACAAAGUCAAAGUCCAUCCACCGCCAGGGGUUCGCCAGUGCACGGGACUUCCCCCGCCCUCCGCCCUCCAGGAGUGUCCCGAACCUCGCCACCGGCUUGACCAACCUCACCGUCAACCUCCCCGGCGCCGACCUGCGGGGCAUGGGAAUGAUGCGCGGGGAGGACGACGAGGGCGACGACGACUCCGAGACCGAGACAGACUCGGAGCUCGAGACCGAAGAGGAUACCCGCAGCGGGGGCACGAGUGUCAAGGAGAAGAGGAAAGGGUCAGUCCUCCCGCCACUGGAUUUCUUCCCGAUCCCGCCCAGCUCGCCCCCCGCGAGCGUCCGGACGAUUAACCAGUGGUGA